AUGUCAUCCGAAGAGCAACAGCAGUCGCAGCUGUUUCCGCAUGUACCGCUGCUCGAUGAAACAGGUCGCGUACGCUUAUACGAAGUCUUUCGUUUCUUCCACGAAAAUCUCUUGCGGUAUCCCAUGAAUAUUCCUCAAGUGGCUCGCGUCUCUGUGACGGCAGGGUUUGUUGCCGUUGUCGUACCAGAAGAUGGCUACAUACCUACCACGGAAGCCUUCAAGGACCAAGCCAUUCGUCAACAUAUCUCCAACACAAAUACCCUAGGACAGCUUCUUACUGCAAGGACUUGUUUCAUCUUCUCGAACUCGUCAUCGCUGAUCCAUUUCGCUCGGCACAUUAGGAGAAUCCGUCCUAUGUCUGUUUAUAUUGAGAUAUUGGUUUUUGAUCGCGACGAAUUUGGCGCGGCUGAGCGUAUGGUUGCUUGGGGCAAAACUGUUGAUCCGCAUGGCCAUUAUGAAGGGGCACACUCCCACCUGGUAAACUGGGCGAACGGACUACGGCUACUGGCUGCACAUUGCCGCCUCAAUGUCAGAUUCGUUAUGAUGGUGCCCUACCGAGAUUACAUCUCCCUUCGCGACCAAACGGAAGUGCUUCGCAUGGUUAGUGUGGACUACUUAGUUGUUUUGUCAUGUCGGGAUAAAUGGCAAUGGAUCCCCUACCCCGACCUCAAUUUCUCUCUAGCUGCGACAGCUAUAACAGCUUCAUCAGCAAACUACCAACAUAGUAUUACGGGAUGGCAGUACCGCGAGAUGUGGCUGCAUGGAACACGACUACAUUCUGGCUUCUGGAGAUUAGUAAAAGAAGAACCCCAACAAACAUAA